CCCGCCCCUCCGGCCACUACGAUUGGCCCGAGCUCCACCAAUUGCUAACGCUAAAAGGAGGUAGCGCUGAAUAGCCGGCGCGCGUGCUCCUGUUCUCCGGACUCCCAACGGUUUCCCUGGCAACGGCUACCUGGAGGCUAACCCGGCGCCAAAGGGACUUCUAACAUGGUAAAGGGAAUAAAAUACGUAUGUAACAGGUAAGUGAUGCAGACUGAGUGUCCUGAGAGAGAGCCCAAGGGCUACAAGCUUUCAAAGAGCAUAGAAACUUCUUUAUACGUGGGUGAUCAAUGAAGCUUCGUGAAGUGACAUUUCAGCUGAGUCUUGAAUACUUUUGAAAGGUAGGCGUAUGUGUGUGUGUGUGUGGUGUAGUCCGUGUUUGUGCAUGAAGAAGGUGGAGUCAAGAGCCAGCGAUUGACUACUUGUAGCUCCAGGACCUAGUUCAGUGAUUGGCACAGUGUAGAUGUUCAAUAACUAUCACAUGGUCUGAUUCAUAGACAAACCAUUGCCUGAUUAUCAGGGUUUUGGAUUUUCCUUUCUUUGGAAAAAAAGACAAAAAGAAAUAACUAAAAUAUAAAAAUCAGAAGACACAUGCUGAUUUCAAAAGCAUUAAGAUGUGAGAGCAAAAUGCUUUUUUGAAUCUUGAGAACAUGGUAUUUGGUGAGUUUGAGUGCAGCAGAACUUUUGAGUACUAAAUGGGAGGCAUAUCAAUAGCUGGGAUAGAUACAAUAGCUGGAAAGGUAGGUGGAACCAGAUUGUGUAAGGUCCUGGAUUCCAGGACUUUUCACUUUUAACACAGAGUUGCUGAAGGAUUUUUGAGCAGGGAGUCUGCCAUAGAAAAAAUAAUAGAAUUAGUGAGAAAAUGAAUAUUGCUCUGAUGAGCAACAACAGAAAACCAAAAUGUAUUGAGCAUUACAUAAUGACAAGAAAUAUGCUAACUGGUUUUGAAUGUUAUUUAAUUCAGCAACCUUGGACAGAUAUUAUUCAUCCCAUCUUUCUGUUGAGAACACUAGCUCAGAGAGGAUUAAAAACUUUCCCUGGAUACUGCUAGUGGAUUGUGACAUCGUUUGCUUUCCAACAAAAAGCUGAAAGGUGUGAAACUGGAGACCAAGUAAGAGGACUAUGAGCUAUUGAAUUUGGAGAUAUCUUGCGCUGGAUAGCUUCUUCCCACAUGUCAGUCUACUCUACAGGAGGCAGUUCUUUAGAUCUAAUACAAUGCACAGAACUUCCUUGCCUUCUGGCUUCCAGUAGAGGUUAGCUAAUGGGAGGAACUGGCAAGGGACCAAAGGGAUGAAGGAGAAUGAAGUUGAGGUGUCUCUCCCAGCUGCCAUUCCUGGGAUCUGGCUGGGUCACUGCUCAACUGAAGGUCACAACUCCUGGCCAUCAUCACAUGAGAAAACACAGCUUACAAUGGCAUCCUUACGCUGAUAUGUGUUCAAAUGUUUCUUCUUUCAAGGAGCCAGAAACUAGCCCAUCCAGUGGUAUAGUGCUGGUUCGAAGUAAAACGCUUAUAACCAGACACUGACAAUAAGAAGAUUGCUCAGUGUGGAGAACCCAAUAGCAAACCACAGUUCAUGGAGCCCAAAGAGUCUCACCCUACUGAUUUUCUCCUAGUGUCUCCCAGCCUUGGUUUGUAAAGGGCUGAGAAAUUGAUAUCUUGAACUUCGCAAAGGUUUGUAGCAGAACUACUUCCAGCUGUGUAUCCUGUAGCUCAAAUUCACAACGGCUCCUUUCUUUCAAGGUAAUCAAUUAAUUAAUUGUAGAAACCAUAUUUUGGAAUUUAAGGAGAAAAUUCUACAUUUAAAAAAUAAAACUGAAAGAAAUCGCCAAGAGCUGAUCAAUGCCUUGAGUAAAAUGAAGUAUGAAAUGACACAGAGAGAAAAUACGUCCACAGACUUAGUUGAGAAGAAAAUGAAUACAUUGGGUAAGGAUGAAACAGUGUCUAAUAAUACAUUUGAAGUCCUAAAGUUCUUUUUCCCUCAUCUAAGGAAAGUGGGCAGAAUUUAUCCUGAUGUAAUCAUUGGCAAAGAGAAAACAGGUGUCUCUUUUGCGGUGGGUAUUUCCACUGUUAGCAGAGGAAAUCAAAGUUACCUGAAGCAAACCAUGAAUUCUGUUGUCUCCAGGAUGACUCUCUCAGAAGAGAAGGACUCUGUGGUGAUUGUCUCGGUCGCAGAUAGAAAUGAAGAUUAUUUAAAAUCUGUUGUUGACAUGAUUACAAAAAGAUUCAAAAGGCAGCUGAAGUCUGGAUCCUUGGAAGUCAUUUCAAUACCUGCCUUUUUUUAUCCAAACAUGUUACAUGUCAAGCAGUCAACUGAGGACUCAGGAAAAUUAGAGAGUUGGCGCAUCAAACAAGUACUGGAUUUUUGUUUUUUGAUGCUUUAUGCCCAACCAAAGGCCAUGUAUUAUUUACAGCUAGAAGAUGAUAUCAUAGCUAAAAAGAGGUACUUCACAAAAAUCACAGAUUUUGUGCAUAAUAUCACUUCAAAUAAUUGGUUUUAUAUUGAAUUUUCAAUUCUUGGAUUCAUAGGAAAGCUAUUUAAAUCUGAGGACUUAACUGACUUUGUGCGUUUUUUUUUAAUGUUCUACAAAGAUAAACCCAUAGAUUUGCUUUUGGGGGACAUUUUUCAGGUAAAGAUGUGUAACCCAGGAGAGACUCCUGAAAAAUGUGCAGAACGAAAUAAGCAAAUUCGUAUUCGAUAUAAACCUUCUCUUUUCCAGCAUGUGGGUAUACAGUCGUCAUUCUCUGGAAGAGAACAAUAUUCCAAAUGCCUUUCAAUGAAUGAAAGACUUUCACCUUGAUACAGGUCACUCCACCCAAACCUCCACUCUGUCCAUAUAGUUAUGUCAUUGCUUAGUUCAGUAUUCAAUGAUUUCAUAACGAGAAUAUAAAACCUGUUUAUACUUAAACUGCGUAGUAUGCUCCAUUUUUCCUUUAUUAUGCAGCUUUUUUUUGUUUUAAAUUUGCUUCAUUUCAAUGUGCUUAUCACUAAUUCAUCCUCAGAUUCCCUGCGAAUUAUCUAAAUCUGUUCCUGAUGUAUUCAAACAUUUUAAAAAUCAUGGCUGAAUGUUGAAUAUUGUUGAAUGCUUUUCUGCAUUUCUACCACUUCCUAACCUUGAAAAAUCUCUCUCCUGCAGCCUUCUGACCAGUUCUAGCAUGUAUCUUAGGAACCAGGCAGUUGAUUUUCCUGUUUUCUAUGUCUCAAAUCUGUAUCAUUCUUGGUCAACUCAUUUGUUUUAGUAAAGCACACUGCCCUCUCCCUGGUAAUUUCUUGAGAAAGAUUGCAUAGGAGGUAAAUUCUUGGAAAACUAAAACAUCUUAAAAUGACUGCAGUCUAUCAAACUUAAUUGUUAGGUUGGGUAGGCAAAGGAUUCUGAAUUCUGAUUUUUUAAGGUAUUCAAGACUGUAACUGAUGAAAAGUAGUUAAAGUCAUUCUAAUUCCUGUUUCUUGGUAUCAGACCAAUCUUCCCGUCUGUAGACCUUUAAAACUUUUCUUCUAUUUGAGAUUCUACAAUUUCAUGAUGAUAGGAUAGGUCUAUUUUUAUCUAUUGUGCUUAAUAUUUGGUAGGGCUUUUUUUUUUUUCAACA